AUGACCUUCGGAGGUGACGGCCCAUGGGCGGUCUCCGUUAUGUGGAUAGUCACAGCUUUGACUUUCGUCUUUGUGCUACUUCGCAUCUACACCAGAGCCUAUGUGGUGGAAAGCUACGGUCUCGAUGACCACGUCUACAACUUCGCCUUUGUCCUCCUACUAUACUACACCAUUAUGACGACUAUUGCGGCCCAGCACGGCUUCGACCAGAAUAUGUUCGAUAUAGUAGACGUCGAAGACCUCGUUAAAGCUAUUUUGUUCGAAGCUAUCGGCUAA